UCUUUGCUUUUCCUUGCCAACGGGGUGUACCAAUGUUUGUAGAGUCGGAAUUAAACAUAUUUACAUACAGAUAGAUAAAUGAUUAGAAAUCAAUCACAGAGAGGAAGACUCGAUCACAUUCAGAUACUUUCAGAGACAUGAAGCUACUCGCAGAGUCGUGAACACUAAGAGACACACACAUAGACACGUAACCGUAGAUUCACUCCCAAGACAAAGACCCAGACAGGAGUACGGGUGCGCACAUCUCUCAAACUCAAACAAACAGACAGACAGACAGACAGACAGACAGACAGACAGACAGACAGACACACACACACACACACACACACACACACACACACACACACACACACACACCCCUUCCAGAUUCACAUCCACUGACGCCCAUACUUUCACGGAGUCACUGGCCCCUUCGGGCCACCUCUCGCUCGCUCAGUUACAAAACAGCACAUUUUGCAAGUUCCGGCAAGUUUCGCAAGAUUUUUUUGUUUAAAUUCUGUGACCAGAUCUACGGUACCAUCCUCUUUCCCUGUUCUGUUCUGCUUUGCCAGGCUGGCGUUUCUUUCUGUGUCCCGUAGCUAGACUAUAAAAGACUGGACCCGAACGGUUUUUAUUCCUUUGGUUAAUGAGAGACGUUUGAGUGGAUUAUGGGGAAUCCAGAAAUCUCAAGGAAGUUCAUGCUGAUGUUAGUACUCCUCAUGAGGCGAUACACUGAAGGAAUAAUUGUAGAUCUUGAUUCUAAUGCAUUGUUCAAGUACAAGUACAUUGUCGAUUUGUCUCUGGAGACUUUGUUCCACCCAGCUACAAUGCCGGGAUCAGGACUGAGGAUUGAAGCUCUCACUCAACUUAAUGUAGUUUGGGAAAAUAGCAGCAAUCAGCAUGACAAGCUAAUUCAAUUGCAAAUCCAAGAAAUAAAACUACUUAAUGUGACUGAACAAAAUGAGAAUCAAAACAACUUCAAAAACAUUCAUGUUGAGAAUUUGCUGGAGCCAACAAUAAUGGUAGCUUUGAAAAUGCCUGUAAUUUUCCAUUGGAAAUCUGGGAAGAUAGAAACUCUGUAUGGAUCUGUUGAAGAAAGGGGAUUACCUCUGAACCUGAAACGAGGCCUGGUUAGCCUUUUCCAAUUACAACCAAUCUCUGAGACAAUCACUGAGGUUGAUGUGUCUGGGAGCUGCAAAGUAAAAUAUGAAACGGAGAAUAAUCAGGUGACCAAGAUCAAAGACAUUCUAAGUUGUGAGAGAUCAGAAUUUGGCUUUAUUCCAUCCAACCAGGUUCUUGGAGUUCAGUGGCAAUCUACAUGUAAAGGUCUUUAUUCUGUGGAAAACAGUGUUAUCAAAACAGCUGUCAUCGAGGAGGGUCAUAUGUUCAAGCUCAAUCUUCAAACAACAAGUGGAGCCAAAAUCAGCUCAAGACAGCAGCUUCACUAUUUGACUUCAGAGUUAAAGCCCAGACCAGUUCAUAAGGAAGGUCUCCAGGAAACACUGCAUGAUCUUGGGAUUUUUACACCCUUUUCUAUGACUGGUGAUCCGGAGAAGGUACACUGCAAGAAGUGUACACUUGCAAAUGGCUACUUGAAAAGUCUCAAUGAAAAAGACAGUGUGCAAGAUCUUUCCAAGGUAUCUGCAGCAAAAGUUUUUCUGGCUUUUGUUCAUCUGCUUAGAGAAGCAAAGACGAAGGUGAUCCUGAAUUUUCUGAAGAAGGCAGCUGAAAAUGAGAUCUCCUUUCUGAUAGACUCAGCGACAGCAGCGCAGACAGAAUCAUCCCUGAGUGCACUCUCGGAAUAUCUGGACUUCACCACAGAGAAACAAGUUCCUCAAAUGCAGACAUUUUUGCACGCUGCCGCCUUGUCUUCUCACCCAUCUAAGGAGCUUUUAAAUAUGUUGCUGGCGAAGCUUAAGGGCGAGAUUGCGAGCAGAGAAGUCCAGGAAACCACCAUUUUGGUGAUCGGAGCAGUGAUUGGCAAAAUGUGUCUGAGGAACCAGUGCAAACUCGUGGAAGUUGAAAUUGCAAAGAAAGUGAUUUUGGAUGGGCUGAAUUCAGCUAAAGAAGAGGCUGAUAUAAAGACGUACCUUCUUGCACUUAAGAACGCACUUCUUCCAGAAACUAUACCAGUAUUGUUACAGUACACCAGGAAUCAAAGAAAUUCUGUGACAUCUAUUGCUGUGACUGCACUACAGAGAUUCCCAAGUGUCUAUAUCACUCAAGAGGUGAAGAAGCAGAUGAAUAGAAUUUUUCACCAAAGCAGGGAACAAUAUGGGGCCGCUGUGCGAAUGGCUGCACUGGAUGUGAUCCUCAAUAACCAACUUUCAUCCAUGGAAUUGAAAAAUAUUGUGCUGUCUUUGGGAGAAAUGGAAUUGGAACUCUCUAAGUUUACAGUGGCAAAGCUGCAGAAUAUCAUGCAUUCAGACCACCACCCAGCAAGACAAGUAAUCCGUGAAUUCCUGAAAGAUCCAAUGAUAAAUAAUUACAAUUGUUUGUCCAGAACUGGGAGUUCAUCUUCCGCUUCAGGAUAUUUAGCAGUUACUACAGAUACAAUAUCCUCUUACAAUAUGGAUUUACUCUUCGGAGACACUGGAAUAUUACAAAAUAGUCUUACAGAUUUCUUCAUAUUUACUCAGGGAAGUCAGCUUCAUGUAACACAGGUAUCAAUUGAAGCAAAGGGUCUGGACUCAUUCUUCAAGGAAAGAGCUCAGGCUGAUGAUGAUGAUGAUGAUGAUGAAGUCAUGGCCGGUAUGUCAGUGAUUCUCUUUGAUGUCCAGUUCCCUCCCAUUGUAUUUUUCCAAGGAUACAGUGAUCUGAUGGAUAAGCUCUGGUCAGUCACUGAAGAGCCUACAAGUAUAAUAAAAGGAUCCAUUUUACUGAUUGACCAUCGACAGGCAUUCAUGUUGCAGUCGGGCCUUCUAGCAAAUGCUGAAUUUGAAGGGGGGCUUGGAAUUGAUGUUUCAGGCACUAUUGAGCUCAGCUUAUGGAGUCAAAAUUGUAAAACCAACAUUAAAAGCAGAGGGGCACUGGUGAUUAAUUCUAUAAUCAGAGUCGACACCACCUCUCUUCAAAUAGGAGUGAAAAAUAAUUAUGAGGCAACAGCUUCUUUGGAUUUCAUCAGCUCUGUUGAAUUUAUAGAUUCCCCCAUUCCUGUUUGCCUUCAACUGUUGAAUGGGCCAUUCAAAUACAGAGAGGAGGUUACAAUCUACAAAUCAUUGCAAGAGCACGUAGCGUUUAUCAAGAGAAAGAAGAGAACAAGGACUGCUCAGGAAGCGGAGUUACCUCUUCACCAAGCCAAUUCGGAAAUGUGUAAAAAACUGUUGUAGGCUUCAUCUGGGUGCUGAAUUGGUUUGGCACUAGUGCUCAAUGUAAGAGUAAAAUUAGCUGGGUGGAAUAUUUCAUGUGAAUAGUUCCCUCCUCUUUGCCAUUCCAUAAACCCACUGAGACAUGGUUCUAAGGUUAACGGUGUUUACUGUUCUUUGGCAGGUUGUUAACCAAUCCUCUGGAUAUGAUCAUUAUUAUUAACAUUUGCAUUUGAUUUAAAAGGAAAAUGCAUAUAUGAAAAUCAGUAAAUGCCCUGGGAUUUUGAUCACAAAUAUCCUGCAGAUCGAAGUACGCAGUGUUAAAAGUCACUCAUCAAUUUGAUGCAUUGGUUAAUCUUUCAAAGCAAGUAUACAGCAUUUCAUAUUAUUUCUUCUCCUGAUCUCUGCCAAUCCCUGACCUAUGUUUCAAUUUUUUUUGCCUCUUACCCAGUAUUUUUUCUUCUUAUUUUAAUCAUCUUAUUACUCCCAUGUGUUUAUUAAUUGCAAGGUCAGAGCAACAAGGUUUGACUAAACUGCAUAUUUAUGUGAAGCAAUUAAGAGGUUGUUGAAAUAGCAGUGGGUGUUUCAAAGCAAAUGUGUUAGUUGAAAAGGCAAAUUGAUUUAUCCAAUUACCCACAGUCUCACACCUCUCAAUAAUUGGUUAAUAUGGUUGCCAUUGUACUUUUGAAUUCAAUUUAUUUAAAUUAAAACCUAUUGUGAGGGCUUGUUAACUGCAGUUCACAUGGAGGAUGAAACAAGUGGAAAAUGAAUGAGAAAAGAGGAACUAAUUGGAGCUGUGAUGUAUAAAACACAGCAGUUACUGGAAAUUUUAAAUUUAAAAAAAUAUUGAUAUCGCCCAGAUGGUAAGGCAAAAUUUAGAUAGAAAAAAACUGAGGUAACAGUGGAGGUUGAUGACCUUCCAUCAGAAUUGGGCAGGUCUGAUACAAACUGGCAUCACUAAUUGUUGAAAUCUAAAAGUUACCCAGUGGGUAAGGUAACAUAUAUGCAGGGAGAAAAUGAUGUUAAUGUGUCAGCUCAAUGAACCUUAAUCAGAAAUACUUUUUAUUAUUCACUAGAAUUUGCUUGUCAUUUUCAGCUGUUUAUAAUAUUAGCUCUCCUUAUCUCCACCCUAACUCUGAUAUUUCCUUUGUCCUCUCCUUCCUUUCUCUGUAACUUUUAACUUUUCCCAGUUCUGAUCAAAAGCUUUGAACUUUGUACGUCUCAGAUGUUCCAGUAUUUUCUGUUUUUAUGUGACAUCUGAUUUAUUAUAACAUAAGUCAUUUAUUUCUGUAUUCCAGCAUCUGCAGAUUCGUCAUGUUUACAUCAUGUUUACGUCAUUUCUGUGUUCUUGAUUAAAAUGUAAACCAACAAACUGAAGGCUACUAAUAACUAUUAAAUGUGUUAAUCUGAAACAAUAUGUAAUAGAGUAUUCGGCAGAUAAAUUAAAAUGUUCUUCUCAGGCAGUCCCUUGGGAUUCAGGAUUAUUUACUUUGCUUUCUGG